CCGGGGAGACGCCGCUGCUCCGGGGGGCUGACCUGGCGGGGAGUGGCCGCGCGGUGGCCCCGGCGCGGCUUUGUGCGCGCAGCCGCUGGCCCCUCUGCUCCCGGGUCUGCCCCCCGGGACCUGUCCCCGCGGGACCCCAGCCAUGCGACGCUACCUCCUCUGGCGCCCGGGACCCUCGCGGAGCAACUGCCUACCCCUGGGGCUCGGGCCCUGACCGUGCCUGGAGGAGAUCAAGACCUUGUGUGACUGAGGUUGUCAAUCCAUCCAGAUUCUCCUCCAAAGUGAGAUUUUUCCAAAGGACCAAUGACUCUGUUUCCUGAGCCCUUGCAGUUCUUCCUACUCUGUAGCUAUGUCUCGAUCUCGCCACUCAAGGCCUUCCAGGUUAGUCAGGAAGGAAGACAUAAACAAAAAGAAAAACAGCCAAGUGAAGAAGACCGCCAAGCCAGCCAACAAAAAUGUGAUAUUGGUCAAGACUGCAAGCCCUGGGAAGCUAAAGCAAUUAAUUCAAGAAAGAGAUGGUAAGAAGAAAACAGAAGCCAAACCUCCGAUGCCAACCAGAAGCCUUUUGACCCGAGCUGGAGCAGCCCGCAUGAAUCUGGAUCGGACUGAGGUUCUGUUCCAGAACCCAGAGUCCCUAACUUGCAAUGGCUUUACCAUGGCUCUCCGCAGCACCUCUCUUAGCAGGCGGCUCUCCCAGCCCCCUGUGGUCACAGCCAAACCCAAGAAAGUCCCACCUUCCAAGAGUUCAGGAAGGCAGCGUGAGUGUGAGUGUAAAGUACUCACUAACACAGGAGUCAAGCAUUCGGAAAAUGACCCAGUCCCAAAUCCAGCCCCUCCAGCCCCCCUUGAUACAGAGAAUCUAAUCGGUGUACAAAAUGUGUCUUUAGUUAAAGGUGAGAGUCCAGAGACAACCCAGGCUUGGUCUCAAACAGUAGAGGAGUCCAAAAUCCAUUUUCCCACACCCAAUGCCCCACCAGGCGAGAUCCUGUCUGGGCCACCGGAAAGGUCACAUUGUGGUGAAAGACUUCUCUCUGAAUGGAUACCAAAUGACACCCCUGAGUCCCCAAGCAUGUUUGCUCAGGACACCCUGUGUGCACCUUUGUCCCAAAGAGCAGCCACCGAAGUUACCUCUCACAGAAACCCCAAUGUUCAGUUAGAAGACUUGGGGUCACGAGUACAGUCUCUGAAGCUGAUCGAUUCUAGCCUGGAUCCUGUUCAAAGUGAACAGAAUAGCUGCCCGCCAUCUGCUUUUAAUCAGGGUGCAUUUGAACAGGACCUUAGAAGCUGCUUGUCCAUCUACCCUUCAGCCCUAAUAAAGUUCCUCCUGGCAGGCUCAGAGCCACAAACCUUUGGUGCUCAACCACAUCCCCAAGAGGCCCUCAAAGCCACCCCAGUUCAAGAGGGAGCUCCUGACCCCACCUCUGUCCUGGGACUCGCCUUCAGGGAUAUCCCACAUCAGUGGGAAUUUCUGGGUGCUAACCCAGUUCCUGGGGUGGCCCCAGGCCCCCCACAGAUUCCUGGUGCUACUUCAGUCCAAAGAGAGGUCUUUGGAGCUAUCCUCAACCAACAAGAAUCCCUCAGCACUGGUGCUUGUGCUGCCCCAGACCUGGCUGCCUUCCUUCCCCUGAUCCCAAAUGCAAUCGCUGUGUAUAAUGCUCUCCCGAAAUGGUCUGAGCCUGGGAGUGCUGUUGCCAAUGGCUUUGAGGUGCAGGAUGCUGUGCCAAUCUUGCCCUUGGGCCUGGGACAUGCUCCUCAGCCUUCAUCGGGCUCAGAGUUGAGCUCAGCACCUCUGGUAAUAGCUGCAAGCAAUGCUGAGACAAAGGAGCAAGUUCAUGUGGGCCUUCAGGCAGCCACCACAUCGAGUGUCACUGUGGCCCCCGCGAGAGGACUUCUCCAUGCCCCGCCGGGCGCUGUCCAGCUCUCCCAGACCGGUUCUGGUGCCAUGGAAAAUCAGAGUCCCCAGGUCAGCGUGAGCAGCUCGGCUGAUGUCAGCCCCACAGGGGUGUCCAUGCCAGUAUCCCUUGCCAGUGCUGCCACCUCCUCUUCCUAUACCACCCUCCUGCCCACUUUGGAAAAGAAGAAGCGGAAGCGCUGUGGGGUCUGCGGGCCCUGCCAGCAGAAGACCAACUGUGGUGAAUGCACUUACUGCAAGAACAGAAAGAACAGCCAUCAGAUCUGCAAGAAGAGGAAGUGUGAGGAGUUGAAGAAGAAGCCAUCAGUCCUGGUGCCUUUGGAGGUUAUAAAAGAAAACAAGAGGCCCCAGAGGGAAAAGAAGCCCAAAGUUUUAAAGGCAGAUUUUGAAAACAAACCAGUAAAUGGCCUCAAGUCAGAAUCCAUGGAAUACAGUAGCGGUGGUCAUGGGGAAGAACAAAGAUUGGAAAUAAACACCCAAACCCUUGAAAAUGUGACGAAAAAUGAAAGCAUGACAGGUAUCGAGGUGGAGAGGUGGAUGCAAAACAAGAAAUCACAUUUAUUCGAGCAUGUCAAUGGCGACUUCAGUGCAGAUGUCACCAAAGCUGAAAAAUCAAAGCAGCCUGAAGAGGACAAGAAGCCAAACAAACCUCCAAAAUUGUUUGCACAAACAUUAAGAAAUGGCAUUAAAAAUGUGCCCUGUCUAGCAGCUGAAGCAAACACACCAUUUAACAAAUUCAGUAUUGAAGAAUUCGGCAAGGCGUUGGGAAACCAUCCCUACAAACUCCUGAAAGACACUGCAAACCAUAACAAUGCCAUGAGCUCCACUGGUACGAGCUGUGAUCACCUCAAGGACAAGAGUAACAUCUUCAUCUUCCAAAAGCCAGGCUUUAAUUGCAAAUCUGAAGAUUCUCCAAAUUUAAACAGUCAGACCAGCACACACAGUGAAGGUGACCAACCUAAAACCCCCGAGAACAGAGUGAGUAAAGACCCUCGAGAUUGCUCCCCCAUGCAGCCCACACUCCUCUCCCUCAUGAAAGACAGGAGGCUCACGCUAGAGCAAGUGGUCGCCAUCGAGGCCCUGACGCAACUCUCUGAAGCCCCGUCAGAGAACUCCUCACCAUCCAAGUCAGAGAAGGAGGACGAAACAGCUCAGAGAACAGCUAGUUUGCUUAACAGCUGCAAAGCCAUCCUCAACUCUGUAAGAAAAGACCUUCAAGACCCUAACUUCCAUGGGGAACCUCAAAGCCUUCCUCAUCGUUCUUCUCUGGAAAAGCAAAGUUCCCGCCUCACAGCAGUGUUCAAUGGCCAGAAUACUCUGUCCAAGCCACAGAUUGGCUCUGCUACUAACCAAGCACCCACAAAGCCUCUUGAACAUUCAAAAGUCAAAAAUUCAAUAUCUUUUUUAAUACCAAAAGCUAAUUCUUCGAAUACUAAUAAAAGUGUCAGUGGAAGUAGGACUGGUCUUGAUGAUUUGCAUCAGUUGCCACCAACAAGUAAAAAAUUGGGAUACUGUAACCAAUUGCUCAACAGGAGUGAAAAUUUGAAUUCCAAGGAAGAUUCAUCAAGUCAGGACACAUCUUACAGCCAAAUUGAGGAAGAUGUUGCAACGCAGCUAACACAACUUGCAUCAAUAAUUAAAUGCAAUUAUAUAAAGGCAGAGGACAAGAAUGCUGAGAGUCCACCAACAAGCCUUGUUGCCCAUAAUGCAAAUCAAAAACAUAGUCAGGAGAAGGGCACGGUGCCACAGAAACCACCUUCAAGUGUGCAAAACAAUCAUAGUUCAUCUUUAGGAAAGCAAAAGAACACAACCCAGAAAAAGGCAAAGUCUACCCCUAAAAGAGAUCGGCGGAAAAAGAAGCCCACAGUUGUAACCUGUCAAGAAAAUGAUCAGAAGCAGCAGGAGCAUAUGUCCUAUGAGUAUAGUAAGUUACAUGACAUUUGGAUCGGAUCCAAAUUUCAAAGAUUUGGUCAGUUUGGUCCGCAUGAUUUUCCUCUUCUGCUGGGAAAAAUUCCUCCCAUUUCCAAAGUUCUGAAACCACUGGCUCAAGCCAGUACCACCCUACAACACAAAAAAUUAUUUCCUCCCCUCAGUCAGAUCAAAUUUGAGCGAUAUUCUGAAUUAGCACAGGAGAAAAUGGUGAAGGUUGAACCACUGGAUUCCCUUCCAGUGUUUUAUCCUGAGGCCAAAUCCCACCAGCAGGUGUGUGCAGAUAAAGCCCAUAGUCCUCAGGUACAGGCAACAGUCAAUGGCAACCUGAAAGCUUACCCCUUACCCCCACCCUCCCGUCCUCCUAACCAGUGCACUAACCUGGUGGCCAGCAGUGACCAAACACGGUUUCCGCAGGAUGCCCGAGAGCACCUCAGACCCCAGAGACUGGCAGCACCAACCGCUGUCUCUCCAGAGACCCCCUUGCCAGACCCAGCACAGAUUCUCAGGAACCUGAAUGUAGUCAGUUCAGGCGGAAUUACAGUGGUUUCUCCCAAAAGUGAAGAGGAAGUCUGUUCACCUGGUGUUGGAACAUCGGAGUUUUCCCCUGUAGACAAUGCACAGAAGAAUUUUCAUGAUUAUGCCAUGAAGUUCCUCACUAAUCCUGCCAAAAACCUAGUAGCUGCGACAAAAGAUGCAGAAGUGCCAGCCUGCAACUGUCCUGAUCGAGGUAUACAAAAAGACAAAGGCCCAUAUUAUACACACCUGGGGGCAGGACCAAGUGUUGCUGCUGUCAGGGAAAUCAUGGAGAAUAGGUACGGCCAAAAAGGAAAGGCGAUAAGGAUAGAAAAAGUUGUGUACACCGGAAAAGAAGGGAAAAGCUCACAGGGGUGUCCAGUCGCUAAGUGGGUAAUCAGAAGAAGCAGUGAGGAAGAGAAGGUUCUUUGUCUGGUCCGGCAGCGCCCAGGCCACCAGUGCGAGACCGCUGUGAUAGUGGUGCUCAUCAUGUUGUGGGAUGGCAUCCCACUGCCGAUGGCGGACAGACUGUACACGGAGCUCACUGAGAACCUAAAGUCAUACAGUGGUCACCCGACAGACCGAAGAUGUACCCUCAAUGAAAAUCGUACCUGCACAUGUCAAGGAAUUGACCCAGAGAGGUGUGGAGCUUCAUUUUCUUUUGGCUGCUCAUGGAGCAUGUAUUUCAAUGGAUGCAAAUUUGGUAGAAGCCCAAGCCCCAGAAGAUUUAGAAUUGAUCCAAGUUCUCCCUUACACACCUACUAUGAAAGAAUUACUAAAGGACGUAAUCCAGAAAGAAGAUAUGUGAAACCGGAACGAGUCUGUAAGGAACACGUGGCCAUGGAAAAGAACCUGGAAGAUAAUUUACAGAAUCUGGCUACAGAAUUAGCUCCAAUUUAUAAGCAGUAUGCACCUGUUGCUUACCAAAAUCAGGUGGAAUAUGAACACGUUGCCCGAGAAUGCCGGCUUGGUCGAAAGGAAGGUCGCCCUUUCUCCGGGGUCACUGCGUGCCUGGACUUCUGUGCACAUCCGCAUCGGGACAUCCACAACAUGAACAACGGAAGCACUGUGGUCUGCACUCUGACCCGGGAAGAUAACCGCUCCCUGGGCGUCAUCCCCGAGGAUGAGCAGCUCCACGUCCUCCCAUUGUACAGACUGUCUGACACAGAUGAGUUUGGCUCCAAGGAAGGCAUGGAAGCCAAGAUCCAGUCGGGGGCUGUGCAGGUCCUCCAGCCCACUCGGAGGAAGAGGAUGCGCUUCACGCAGCCAGUACCUCGCUCUGGGAAGAAGCGGGCAGCAAUGAUGACUGAGGUCCUGGAGCGCAAGAUCAGGGCGGUGGAGAAGAAGCAGAGUCCUCGGGUCAAGCGGAAGAACAACUCUGCCAUGGCCAACAACAGCAAGGCAACAUCACUGCCCAUCCCAGGUUCAGACAACACUAAAUGCUAUUCAUCGGUCCCAUCCAUGCCUCACCCCGUGAAAGAGGCAAACCUGUCUCCAGUCUUCUGUCCCCUGAAGCCUCCUCCCUUGACAGCAACUCCAGUUAGGUACCCUAAGAUAGGCUCGCUCGCAUUCCCGGGGAGAAGCAGCACUGACCCCUGCACCACGCCUCCUGCAGCCCCCGCAGGUGCUCACGUAGCUGCAGGGGAGAGUGCAGCAGCUCCUGUCCCCACCCUGUCCCCACCCAUGCGGGAGCCCCUGGCUUACCCCGAGCCUCCCCCUGGCCCGGCUGAGCAUCCGGGCCAGCAGCCCCUCUUCCUCGCAUCCUGCCUGGCGGAUGAGGAGGAGCAGCACUGGGAAGGGGAUGAGCCACUGUCAGACGACGCCCUGUCCGACGAGCUCCUGUUCCCUGCUGAGGAGAAGCUGCCGUACCUGGACGAGUACUGGUCGGACAGUGAGCACAUCUUCCUGGACGCCAGCGUGGGCGGGGUAGCCAUCGCGCCCACGCAUGGCUCAGUGCUGAUCGAGUGCGCUCGCCGUGAGCUCCACGCCACCACCCCUGUUGCCAACCCCAACCGCAACCACCCCACGCGCCUCUCCCUCGUCUUCUACCAGCACAAAAACCUGAAUAAGCCCCAACACGGUUUCGAACUCAACAAGAUAAAGUUUGAGGCUAAAGAAGCCAAGAAUAAGAAAACAAAGGCCUCAGAGCAGAAAGAGCAGGCAGCUGAUGAGGGCACUGCCUUGUUCCUUGAAGUAAACGAAUUGAACCAAAUCCCUUCUCACAAAGCAUUAACGUUAACCCACGACAACAUUGUCACUGUGUCCCCUUACGCUCUCACACACGUCGCAGGGCCCUAUAACCACUGGGUCUGAAGGCUUCUGUCCCCUUCUCAAUGCCUUUGCUAGUGCAGUGUAUUUUUUCAAGGUGCUGUUAAAAGAAAGUCAUGUUGUCGUUUACUAAAUCUUCAUCUCACCCAUUUCAAGUCCGAGGUAAAAAAAAAAUUUCUUUUUAAAGGGGUGGGUACUUAACUGUGACUAUAUUUUGACAAUUGGUAGAAGGUGCACAUUUUAAGCAAAAAUAAAAGUUUUAUAGUUUUAAAUAUAUAAAGAAAUGUUUUGGUUAGGUGUUAACCUUGAUAGAAUCACUCAGUUUGGUGCUUUAAAUUAAGUCUGUUUACUAUGAAACAAAAGUCAUUUUUAGAGGAAUUUAACAGGUUCAUGCUGUAAGAUGUAAAAUCAAGACACACAGCGUUAACUCUACACAGCUCCUGGUGCUUAACCACAUCGACACAGUUAAAAAUAAGCUGAAUUAUUUCAUGGUGCCAUUUUUUCCAACAUCUUCCAAUCAUUGCUAGAAAAUUGGCAUAUUCCUUUGAACCUUUGAAAUAAACCAAUGAAAUGCUUUCUCUCUUAAAAUACUUCCUCCUGUUGAAAUCAUUUUUGUUAGUAAUGGUUGGAGGCUGUUCAUAAAGUGUAAAUAUAUAUUUUAAAAGCACUUUCUAUUUUUAAAAGUAACUUGAAAUAGUAUAGUAUAAGAAUCCUAUUGUCUAUUGUUUGUGCAUAUUUGCAUACAAGAGAAAUCAUUUAUUCUUGCUGUGUAGAGUUCCAUCUUGUUAACUGCAAUAUGUAGUCGAAUCAUGUAUGUGGUUUAUGUUCUUUUAAUAUGUCCUUUCACAUUACAUAUUAGCUACUUAUAUAAAAUAGUUUAUCUCUAAAAUUGGAAUUAGGACAUAUCAACACUGAUUUUUUUUUUUUUAAACUAAGAGUGUGGUCAACAAUAGUCUCAAUUUUCUUUUAUCCCAGCUUUAUGAAUAUAACCCAUCAACAAUGUUUCCAAAAGGAAAUGGGGGGCCGGGGAUUUAGCUCAGUGGUUUUGCCGCCUGCCUCGCAAGCGCAAGGACCCGAGUUCGAUCCCCGAUCCCCGGUACCAAAAAAAAGGAUAUGGGAUUCAGAGGAGUCAAAUGCUUCUGAUGUUUCAAGGUGAUAAAAUGCAAAAAUUAGUAGCCAGAACUCUUCCCCAUCCGAAACUGCCUUGAUUGUUCUGUAGUCCAAUUUAAGGAAGAAUAAGUGAAAAAGGAAUCCUGUAGAAAUCUUUUGAAAACAAGUUCUCCAUUAUUGUCACAUCUCCCCAUCUCUCAGUCAAAUAGUAAGAAAUGGUACUAUAAACAUUAAUUAGUUCUCGUCCAUUUAGAACUAAUCCAUUCAUUAACCUUAGUAUACUGGAUUUGGAGAAAUAGUAAUUCCUCUUCUCUUUAAAAAUUGUCUAUGGUGUAGCUAACAAGAAAAACAGUCCUUCCAUAUAUUUUAGGGUUCCCCUUUUUAUCCCCAUUAUUUUGUUGAGUUAAUGUUUAUAGCAACACAAAAAGGUUUACCCAAAUAAAAUGUUAGGAACAAGAACCUUCAAUCAAAUACUUGAUUCUGUUAAAAUGCAGAGGUGCUAUAGCAUUCAAAGUGUUAGAUUCUUCGGGAGUAUAGAAACCUCAAUGGUGCUUCUCCCCUGGAUGCCAUAGGAAACCACACCUGCUAACACUCAUCAUUGUGGUGCAAAUGCAAGGCUAAAGAAAAACUCAUUAUUAUAACUUAUAAUAUAUAUGGUGCAAAUAUCAGUUUAAAGCUUUUG